CGGCUGGGGGAGGGGAGCGGAUAAAGGAGGAAACCCACUGCAGAAGAAGCCGGUGGGUGGCGUGGCUGCUCCUGCCUUGCUUGCUUAUUCUCGGAUAGCAUGCUCGGAGCCCGGAGGCGCACGGCGGCUCCCCACUGCAUUGCAAACAGCGCGCGCGCGCGCGUGUGUAUGUCUCUCUCUGUGUGUGUGUGUGUCUCUCUCUGUGUCUCUCUGUAUGUGUGUGUCCCUCUGUAUGUGUGUGUCCCUCGCUCACUGCAUGUCCGAGGGAGCUUCCGUGUGUCUGGGGCGCGCCAGCUGUGCAAGAUGCCUCUUGCCUUGAACCACCUCUGGAGCCAGCCCGGGAGGGACCGUUAAGAGGGAGAAGAGAUGCGCCCGGCAGACUCCGGGGGAAGGAAGGAAAGAAGGAGGCGAGGAAGGGCUGCGUCUGAACGCUAGCAAAGCUUCCCCCCCCCCCAGGAUGCUGGUUUCUGCUCCCCGUUAGGCCCCGAGGCCUGACUUGAGCUGGACUUGAACGCGAUGCUUUCUGGCCAGGGGGCCAGUCUGAAGCGCUGAGGCUGCCCGCCGGCAGAGGUGCGGAAGCGGGGAAAAAAAAAAAAAAAGAUGACAGAGGGCCGCCGGUGUCAAGUGCACCUCCUUGAUGACAGGAAGUUGGAACUUCUCGUGCAGCCCAAGCUUUUAUCCAAGGAGCUGCUAGAUCUGGUAGCAUCCCAUUUCAACCUGAAAGAAAAGGAAUACUUCGGGAUUGCCUUCACUGAUGAGACGGGCCAUUUGAACUGGCUUCAGUUGGAUCGUCGAGUGCUGGAACAUGAUUUCCCUAAAAAGUCUGGAUUGGUGGUUUUAUACUUCUGUGUCAGGUUCUACAUUGAGAGCAUAUCUUACCUGAAGGAUAACGCCACCAUCGAGUUGUUUUUCCUGAAUGCCAAGUCGUGUAUUUACAAGGAGCUGAUUGAGGUUGACAGUGAAGUUGUGUUUGAGUUGGCUGCGUACAUCCUACAGGAAGCAAAAGGGGAUUUUUCAAGCAAUGAAACUGUAAGGACGGACUUGAAGAAGUUGCCAGCGCUUCCAACUCAAGCCCUUAAGGAGCACCCAUCUCUGGCUUACUGUGAGGAUCGAGUGAUUGAGCAUUACAAGAAGCUGAAUGGACAGACAAGAGGCCAAGCUAUCGUCAAUUAUAUGAGCAUUGUAGAGUCCCUCCCAACCUAUGGAGUACAUUAUUAUGCAGUCAAGGAUAAGCAGGGAAUUCCGUGGUGGUUAGGACUCAGCUACAAAGGCAUCUUCCAAUAUGACUAUCACGACAAAGUGAAGCCAAGGAAGAUCUUCCAAUGGCGCCAGCUGGAGAACCUUUACUUCCGCGAGAAGAAGUUUUCCGUGGAGGUGCAUGACCCACGCAGAGCAUCAGUGACCAGGAGGACUUUCGGACAUAGUGGAAUUGCUGUACAUACGUGGUAUGCCUGCCCUGCCUUGAUCAAGUCCAUCUGGGCUAUGGCCAUUAGUCAACAUCAAUUUUACCUGGACAGGAAGCAGAGCAAGUCCAAAAUCCAUGCGACAAGAAGCCUGAGUGAAAUUGCCAUUGACUUGACGGAAACUGGAACGCUGAAGACCUCCAAAUUAGCCAACAUGGGCAGCAAAGGGAAGAUUAUCAGCGGCAGCAGUGGGAGCCUUUUGUCAUCAGGUUCUCAAGAGUCGGACAGUUCUCAGUCUGCCAAAAAAGACAUGUUGGCCGCCUUAAAAUCCAGACAGGAAGCCCUGGAGGAGACGCUGCGGCAACGCCUGGAGGAACUGAAGAAGCUGUGUCUCCGGGAAGCGGAACUUACUGGAAAAUUGCCGAGGGAAUACCCCCUCAACCCAGGGGAGGAGCCCCCAAUUGUGAGAAGAAGAAUUGGGACUUCUUUUAAACUGGAUGAACAGAAAAUGCUACCCAAGGGAGAGGAAGCUGAGCUGGAACGGUUGGAAAGAGAAUUUGCCAUCCAGUCCCAGAUCACUGAAGCUGCUCGCCGCCUGGCCAGUGAGCCCAACGUCAGCAAGAAGCUGAAAAAGCAGAGGAAGACGUCUUAUCUGAAUGCGCUGAAGAAGCUUCAGGAGAUUGAAAAUUCCAUCAAUGAGUACCGUAUCAGAUCCGGGAAAAAGCCCACCCAAAGAGCUUCGCUGAUCAUAGAUGAUGGAAACAUUGCCAGUGAAGAUAGCUCCCUCUCAGACGCUCUUGUCCUGGAGGAUGAAGACUGCCCUGUUACCAGCACAAUAUCCCCUUUACAGUCACCUCACAAAGGGCUCCCUCCUCGCCCCCCCUUGCACAACAGGCCUCCCCCUCCACAGUCUCUGGAGGGUCUCCGGCAAAUGCACUAUCAUAGGAAUGACUAUGACAAGUCCCCCAUUAAGCCCAAGAUGUGGAGCGAGUCUUCCUUGGAUGAACCUUACGAGAAGGUGAAGAAGCGUUCUUCUCACAGCCACUCCAGUCACAAGCGGUUUCCCAGUACUGGAAGUUGUGUGGAAGGUGGAGGAAGCAACUCUCUUCAGAACAGCCCAGUGAGGAAUCUUCCCCAUUGGAACACUCAAUCCAGCAUGCCAUCGACACCAGAUCUACGGGUACGCAGUCCACAUUAUGUCCAUUCCACCAGAUCGGUGGACAUCAGCCCUACCAGACUGCAUAGUUUAGCUCAGCACUUUAGACACCGAAGUUCCAGUUUAGAAUCGCAAGGGAAGCUUCUUGGCUCGGAAAACGAAACGGGGAGCCCUGACUUCUACACCCCAAGGACUCGUAGCAGUAAUGGGUCAGACCCCAUGGAUGACUGCUCCUCCUGUACGAGCCACUCCAGCUCCGAGCAUUAUUACCCGGCCCAGAUGAAUGCCAAUUACUCCACCCUGGCGGAGGACUCGCCCUCCAAAGCUCGCGAGCGCCAGAGACAGCGACACAAGUCAGCUGGAAACCUCGUCUGCUCCAAUUCGGGAAGCAUGCCCAACCUGGCUGCCGGCAAUGGGACCGCCCAUCACGGCGUCUACCUGCACAGCCAAAGCCAGCCUUCCUCCCAGUACAGGAUCAAAGAGUACCCGCUCUACAUCGAAGGGAGCUCGACGCCGGUGGUAGUGCGCAGCCUCGAAAACGACCAGGAGGGACACUACAGCGUGAAAGCACAGUUUAAAACAUCCAAUUCGUACACAGCGGGCGGCAUGUUUAAGGAGAACUGGCACGGGGAUGAAGUGGACUCCCUCCGGUUGACUCCCUCCCGGUCUCAGAUCAUAAGGACUCCUUCGUUGGGGAGAGAUGGCCACGAAAAGGGAUCGGGGAGGACUGUGGUCUCGGAUGAGCUCAGACUAUGGUACCAGCGGUCCACGGCCCCCCACAAAGACCACAGCCGGUUGUCGCACACAAGCUCCACUUCGUCGGAUAGCGGCUCCCAGUACAGUAACUCCUCUCAAAGCACCUUCGUGGCGCACAGUAAGGUAACCAGGAUGCCUCCCAUGUGCAAAGCAACGUCAGCUGCCUUACCUCACCAUCCGAGGACUUCAACCACCACAUCUAGUGAUUGUGGGUCUUUGACCCCCAGCUGUCCACACCACAUCUUAGCUUGGCAAACUGGGAGCUACAGCGAUAGCUGCUACCUGGAUUCUGCCCUUUAUCCAGAACUCUCCGACGUCCAGUGGUACGGACAGGACAAAGCCAAGCCUGGGACUCUGCUGCUCGGGCGACGACUGACACCAGCUUCAAACGAAAAGCACUUUUCUUUCGCAUCAGGCAAGUGAAGACGAUUAUCACCGAAGGAGCAACUGUGUCCGUAGUGUUAAAAAAAAAAAAAAAAACAUCCUUCAGUCCCGGUUCUUCUGCACACUCGUUCCUCCUUGUGGAUGUUAAGGCUAGAUUAACGGGCGGUCAAUUCAAACCCUUCCCGGAUUAUUAUCCUUGUUCUUCAGCGUGGAAAAAAAAAUUACUCUGAUUCGAAAGGUGAAAUUAUUCUGCUUUGAAAGGUAAACUCGAAGCGGCAGAUGUGACAAAUGCCCGUUUCGGUCAAAGGCAGAAGAGCUUUCAGAGAGACCAGCCAAAAUAUCAUCGAAGCAAUUUGUGGUGUUGCCAAAGAUUUUGGUAACUCGCCCGAAGGAUGCUUUUCUCUAAAACGGGGGGGGGGGGUGUUUUUAAGAAGCAGCAAUAGCGUUUUUGUGAUGCUCUCGAGAUCCUACAAAACCUUGAACAAUUUCAGAUCGGGGAAUAUAACCCAGGAUCUGUUGGGGGAAAAAUCAGUUGGGAGGAGGCAGGGAGAGCAGGCAAGGUUAUUACAGGAGGAAGGGAAAAUGUAGUCCUUUUUUGCAACAUUCCUGGGCAAAAAUUGCAAGACACACGUCAUGGUAUUGCUUGAAGAACUGUCAGCCGAUGAAGCAAAAACGCCUAAAAAUGCUCAGUAAGUUACAAAAAAAAAAAAAAAGCCCUCUAAAUCUCGAAUUAAGGGUUAAAUUAAGGGAAGGUAAACUGGGAUAUGCUGAACAUGAUCUCAAAGUAUAUGAUUAUUACUAAUUGUAGGAAAGGGUUUGUGACUCACUAGGAAGGUUUUAAAAAAAAAAAAA